UUUCUAUGGAAGUCCACAGAAUGUUGUUGUCGCAGUCCAAAUGACGAAUGCAGCGAUAUUUGUAAUUGUAUCGAUAUUGGCACUCGCCUAAAGAGUGUUCCAUGCAUAUUUUUACAAGAAGAUAAAACGUUCGUAAAAGCAGACCAACUGGUGUUCAAACUUUCUGAAAACAGCCCUUUGAAACCGUUCCUUUAUCCUGUACCCCGGGAAUUCGGAGAGUUGGAGCAUUUUCUCAAACGACUUGGUGCAACUGAGAAGCCAACACCGUUACAGAUUGCUUAUGUUCUCAAUUCUAUACACAAUGAAGUCGGAGAAGGGGCACUAUCUACUGAAGUGGAGGAGAACGUCAAGUAUGCUAUGCAUAUGCUAUUUGAAUUACUUUCCAAGGGCGGAAGUGCUGCUGGAAUAAAUGAAUUGUAUUUACCAAAUGAAAGUAAGCAGCUUGUAAAAUCCAGCGAUAUGGUUUGCAAAGUUUCGUCACGUUUUACGGAAGUGAUUGAAAACCUCCAACGUCCGAUCCUUUUACGAUUCGAAGAGUGCGGACUUAACAAGAUCGCUGAUGAUUACAUCGACGCUUUACCGAAGAGUUUACGUCCUACGAAAUUUGACGAAAUAUUCCGGGAAGAGGUCAAUCCCGAGUGCAAUGUUUGUAUCUGUCCAGAGGCUCAACAUGGUUCCACAUGCAAAUUCCAACAACAAUUUGAGGAUCUGUUGCGAUCUGAUCAGUUUCAAGUGGGGCUUAAACGCUUACUUAUGGAAAAUCGCCAAGAUCCUCAAGAAUUUGAGCAAAGAAUGAAGAAACUGCAGACGGAUGUUAAAACGAAGUGCACGGGAUUUGAAAACAUAAAGAUCCAUAUUAUCGAUCGUAAUACCGAUGAAGUUGUAGAUAAAUUGGAAGACAGUUGUUAUGCAGUACAGGGUGAAGGCACAUGGUCAUUGUACAUGCAACACGACUUUAAAGAUGACAAAAAUUCAGUUUCAACCGGUACUUGUGUUAACAAGAUUCUAGGGGAUUGCAUACAAAAAGAAAAGGGGAUGAUUGCAAUGUUAGGCUGUUCUUCUCCAAGUGAAAUCACAAGAGCGUUGGAUAAGCUUGGUAUUACUCGGAGUACUUUCAAAGCUGAUAAUGAUUUCACUGAUUUUGAUGAUGAACAAGUUCCUGGAUUGGGUCAUCAUGGUGGUGGUGGUGGUGGUGGUGGUGUUGGACCUCCAAGGUAG